ACUCAUUGCGUGGUUUUAAUUUGGAGCUGUAAGCAGUAAUAUAUACCAACUUCGGAGUGUCAAUCUACAUAGUCUACUGAUAAGGAGGCAGUCAUGUCGGACACCGCUUCGUCCGUCAACCCUGACGCCGCCGAGAACGGCGUCGGGACAGCCAGCCAUCGUUGUUCUUGUGGGAGCACAUGUGCGGCGCUAGCACUGACAGUGUCUGUGUGUGUUAAUGUUAUAUUUGCGGUGUUGAUUUUCCUUGGCAGUGCCACAGAACAAGACACACGGGCUAUUACCUCAGCACAGACCACUGACCAGGCUAUUGAUGGGUCAACUGUGUGUUCAGAUUGUCGCAACUUCAAACUACCAACUGACCAGCUGCAACUGAACACACAUAUCCAGGUCGUUCAAACGAAAAAUGGCAACGUGUGCUGUCUUCGUCAGGCAGAAGGGCUUUGGAGGCUGUUAAAUCUGAUGAAUGUAAAGUCGCUGAUGCAGCAGAAAAAGUCAGUUGGACGGCGGACCAUGCCUCCCUCAUCAGCUCAUCUGUAUCUUGACACAAGCACAGCUCCAGAUUACACAUGGACUGAUGAAUAUGGAUAUGGAGCUGCCCACGUGACGAGCAAAGUCAAAAUGGCGAAUGGACGAUUACAAGUUACAGAACCCGGCUACUAUAACAUCUACUCCUCCAUAACUCUGAAAACAAGAUCUGAACUUACAACUAACAUCAACGUAAAACAUUCAAUCAGAAGAAUCAACCGGCAGUCUAUUCCCCAUACGGAUGUUAUAUUGUAUAAGAGUGUUGAAAUGUGUCGAACAAGUGAAACAUUUGCUAACAGUUACCUCGAUGGCGUGGUGAAACUUAAUGCAAAAGAUGAAAUAUAUGUCUAUGUUUCGAAUACAAGUGCUAUUUAUAAAUACCCGCAGUCAAACUUCAUCGGGUUACAUUUAGUGAGAAGCAUAUGAUAAGAAGCACGUUAAUAGAUAUGUUUUAUCGUAUGUACGCGCACAUUUAAUACAUUAUGUCACUGCCUAGUUUUACACCUCCGGCCGAAGGCCCGGGUUCUGGUACAAUGUGUGAAACCCAUUUCUGGUGUCCCCCGUCGUAAUAUUGCUGGAAUAUUGCUAAAAGCGGCGUGAAAGCCACUCACUCACUCACUCACUCACUCACAUACUCACUCACUCACUCACUCACCCUUGACGAUGUUUCCCUUUUUAACGUGUUCUAUCGUCGUGCGAAAACAUGACGGGAUUAAUGAAACGGACAGUUUAAACAGGUUUUUUCAGUGCAGUCAUGUGGAAAUUCAUCCUGAAUCGCGGACCUGCAUAUUGUCAGAUUUUCUCAAAUAUAGAUCAGUUACUUUUCCAUGCAAGUUACUGGAUGUUCUCAGUGAUAUGGAUAGUGAGGAAAAAUAGGAAUUUAAAGUUUCUCGAGAAUUAUUAUGUUAAUUGUCACUCUUCUAUUUAUAUUUGCAAACAUUUCAACGGUAUGGUAAAUUUAAGCUAAAAUUCGCAUUUCGAUAUAUAUGGCCUCAAAUUAUAGACUAUCAAUGGUUAGAAAUUCUUCAUUGAAGUUCCGAUUUCAAUUUUACUGAGUCUUGGAGCAUGCUGAGGUUGUAUUCGGCAGACAGAUAAGUACAGCAGCAUGCGGCGUGUAACAGAUGUCCACAACAUAACGAGUCAUAUCCCGAACACAAAGAACACAUCAUUGUUAGUUAUACCCAGCAGGCUCAUGUGUUCUCAAUACCAGCAGUAUUAUUGAUCUGAAAGCUUUAACUUAUACAUAAAUAAAACAUGUUGAUGGCAACACGGUUUUACAGUACCUUGUUGGUCUUAUUGUAAAUUAACGAAAAGCGUAAUAUUACUUGUUACAUAUUCAAUAAAUAUAUCUUUGAA